AUGGCUUACUCCAGUUUUGUGGGUUUGAUGCUAGUCGCUCUGGUGGCUAGCUCGGCUUUAGCUCAGGGUCCGAGAGCUGCUCCUACCGCUUCACCCACCAAGUCUCCGCCAGCUUCUACUCCCCCGACGGCUGCUCCUCCUCCGACUCACACCUCGUCCCCGACUCCUUCCCCCACCGUUUCGCCACCACCUUCGACUCCCGCGCCGACUAUCUCCGCGCCUCCGUCCGGUGCCCCGAACAGCUCGCCUCCGGCUCCUCCCACAUCUUCUCCGUCCGGUGCCCCGAACAGCUCGCCUCCGUCUGCUCCGGGUCCGUCGACCCCCUCGAUCGGUGGGCCGCCGAGCGAGUCUCCAAACGGCAAUCCUAGCUCUGACGCAGCCUUGAACAGAGUCGCCGCCACCGGAUCCGUAGCCUCAGCGAUCUUGGCCGCGGCUUUGUUGCUGUAG